AAUAGCUUUAAUAUUGUUCACCUUAAAAUGGAGUCUCUCCACCAAGGAAUGUGUGAGGGACUGCAGCACAUGUCUGAGUCAGUGUUUGUGGGAAUGUGUGGGAUAGUGGGGACCUCACAACAGGUGGCUAUCAGAAGGGAGACCAUAGAUGUCAAGGAGAUGGUGGAGAGACGACUGGCACCUCAUGAUGGGAGUAUUGGGAUGUUGAGUGGCAGUUACAGAGAAGGGUUCAGAUUGAUUGGAUCAGAUAUUGACUGUAUGUUCUGGCUAAACAACCACCGAGUGAUCAUGGACAAGUCUCAGUCUGAGUAUUACAACACAGUCAAUACAAUCUUGAUUCUCUCUGACAGUUCUGAGAGUCCACCAGGAUUCACUCUACUUCAGUUACUGACACCAACAACAUACAGAGAAGUCCAAUCAGCAUGUGUCAGAAUGAAUGACAGAGUCUAUAUAUCAAGUUCUAUAUGGAGACAGUUAACUUGUUCUGUAGUAUUUCCUAAUUCUACUGUACAUGGUCCCUGUGGUAGUGGUAUUAUAGCAGGGAGAUUAGAAUACGACAAUGCCUGGUGUUUUGUUAGUGACUUUUGGCCUCAGUCUGCCUCCUCAUGGAUAGACAGAUGUCACUCAUGGCCUGAUUCUGAAGUUGUUCAUGACAUUGUCAGAAAUGGGUGUCACUUUGUAGCAAUAGGACACCCAUUAGGAACAAAUGAAAACCUACAGUGGAGAAUUUCUUUUUCUCUGGCAGAAUAUAAACUUGUGAAUUCAAUGAACCAGAGUCAGUUUUUGAUAUACGGAUUGUUAAAAAUUUUCUUAAAAGAAGUAAUCAAUCAACAAUCAGAAGAAACCAAUAAACUACUGUGUUCCUAUCACAUGAAGACAACCGUUUUUUGGGCGAUUCAACAAAACACACUAACUCACUGGUGUCCACAAAAUCUCCUGGCUGGUUUCUGGGUCUGCUUUAAACUCCUCCUUAAAUGGGUGCAUGAAGGGAUCUGUCCAAACUUUUUCAUCCCACAAAACAACCUGUUUCUGGCAAAGGUCCGUGGCCCAACACAAAAUAGAUUGUUCCUACAGUUACACGAAUUGUACAAGAAAGGUCUGGCCUGUCUGUUACAGAGUUCCUCUAUCAGGUUCUAUAUCAUUGGUGUCCUGUACAAUCCUAGGCUUUCAAUUUGUACAAAUGAGAUUGUAAUGAGGUAUGAAGUUGAUUUUGAUCUGGAACUUGUCAAACAUUUUUUUUCUUUUAAUAUUGAUACCACAGACCUCCGUCCCCUUUUACAAGCUAUAAAAAUAGUAGAGCAGUUGGUAAAUUCUCCUCUGCAUCAGUAUCAAGAUGCCAUUUUACGGGAAUUGUCAUCAUCCAUCUUUAAAAAUGCUGCAUUUAUAUUACAUAACAUGUACACUAUGGCAGUUGUUAACAAACAUGUAUACAUUGCUAACAAAAUAUGCUGUCUCAUGCUGAAAUUAGCUGCCAGGUUUGGAUGUGUAUCCAAUAUGUUGUACAUUGCCAUGUAUCAUUACAAGACACUCAGAUACAGGGAAGCUUUAUCUGUUAUAGAGAUGACAAAGGUCAAGUUAGCACAGCAAUAUCUGAUGUAUAAUGGACGUGUAGACAGAGUGAGGUAUACUGAGGCUGUAGGGGGACAGUCCUGGUCUACAAAGAUGAGACAGGCUGUAGCAUGGGAUAUAGAACUUGAUAACGAAAUCUGUUAUAUCAAUGAACUUAUACCAGAACAAGAGUCUGCUCUACAGAACAUGUGGCCUGUAUUAAAUAUUCCAUUAUUUGUAAUGUUACACUUCCUUGAGUUCUUGUGUUACAGACACAUAGAUACAACAUUAUCACAAGCAGCUCUAGAUGAGCUACAGGUCCUAGUCCACCAUGAUCAGGGACUGUAUGUACCUGACCUAUACAGAGACAUUUCCUGGGAGAUCCUGGGGAUCUGUCAACAGAUCACAGGGAACCUCCAGGCCGCUCUAUACUCAUACCAACAGUCACUCACACAGUAUUCAUGGAACCAAAUACAAACUGCUACACAGAGGAGAAUACAGGAUAUGGUUCAGUCCACACUACUACAGUAAAUAAACACUAUGUCUUGAUUGGAAAAUAAGAAUAAAUUAAUGCUGGGUAUGAGUAAUUCCCACACAGAAAAAUAAUCAUGUUCAGGGGAACAUCUCCAGAUUAAUAUUACUAGAAACAUCAAUAUUUAUAUUUGAUCAGUGCAAAGUGGUUCAAUAUCAAGAUAUGUUGCUUCUAUUAUUGUACAUGUGCUUAUGGUUAAUUAAACAUCACCCAACUUCUUUUAAUUAUAAGUUCACAUUGAAAUGUUAUUCUGAAUCAUGUUAGUGAUCCUCAAAUGUUAACUCAAUGCUAGAUAGUUUAAUAAUUUUAUUAAUGUUUUUGUUGCAGUACUUAACAAAAACCUAUAAAUAAUAAAGCGAUUCCCAUUGUAUUACAUGUAUUUAUAACAUAAUAUUUACAUAUUAAAUGAAUCGCCAUUCUUUAAAAAUCCACUUUAUUUUUUUUAUUUUUUUUUGCCAACGAUGAAAUAUUAGUUUUAACUACAUGGAGUUAAAUCGGUUUGUUUGCCUUCGAAUGUACAAACCUUAAGUUUCAAAUGCAUUGUUAAUGUCAACUCUAACACCUAAAAUAAAUAUUGUAAAAUCAUUUGUUGCUGUCUUUCUAAAAAUAUUUUUGAUGAUGAAUUUGCAUCAAUUUUGUGUUCAUGAAUAAAACUUUUGCACAGACCAUAUGAACUGUAUUCUGACUUCCAAAUAUUGAACUUGCAUGUACAUGUCAACCUUCACCACAGGCACCUGACGUUAUAUAUUUUUCUCAAAACUAAAAUAUAGGCCUAUACCCUAUAUCUACAUUGUAUAAUGUAUUAUUUGAUAUAGGGUAUCGGUAUACAUUUUUAUUAUGAGAAAAAUAUACAACAUCAGGUGUCUGUGACUGUUACAUAUAGUUCUUCUAUGUAAUGCAUUGAUGAACAGUAACAAAGAAGUUAUCCUACUUCUUUAAUGUAAAAAGUAAAAAAAAAAAAUUAGACAAAAGGAGAAAGUGAUGUCUAUAAAAACAAUAAAAAUGAUUUAAUGUUGAUAGAUGAAUGCUGAUUGUGAAUAUUUUUUCUACAAAUAAUUAUUGCUAGUUUUAUAACCUUAGAACACGAGGCCAAAGGUCCAUAUUGCUCAUUUGAGCAACAAUCAUAGUUGUUGACUGGGUUCAAAGGCAACAGUUGAUCUGUCUGACCAGCUCGCAAACUGUUGCCCAAGGCUGAAAGUCGCAGGCAACAGUUUGCGAGCCGGUCCAACAGAUCAACUGUUGCUCGAGACACAGUCAACAACUGUUUUGUUAUACCCCUACUUAUUUAAUAACUCUUUUUCGCAGAAUGUGACGUCACCGGUCAACAGUCUUUUUUAACAGUCCAUUUUAACUGUUCAAAUCCAACAGUCAUAAUGCUGGACUUUUUUUUCGCAUAGAGUUAUAUAGUAACUGUUUUACAGGGGUAUAACAAUAGCUAAUCAAAUAAGCAUUACUGUAUCAAAUUCAAAAUAUCUUGAAACCUUAACAGUCUACCUUGCACAAACAGUUGAACAAUUUAUCUACAUAUUUCUCUGGUAAACGUGAAGCUCCUUUUGUUGUGUUAGUAUUCAGGAAAAGAUUUUUCUCCAAAUUUUUAACCCCCACCCCCCUCUUGUAAUCCCACUUUUCUCAAGGGAAAAAUGUUAUGGAAUCUGCACAGCCUGUGUUUUCACACAAGUUCCAGCAUUUUUCUUUAUAUAUUCCUAUGUAAAAAGUUAAUAUUUUCAUUUUCCAUCUAAUAAUUUGAUAAAAAAUAAGUGAAACUAG